AUGGGAAUUGACUUCAAGAGAUGGCAACAUAAGAUGUUGUUCUAUCUCACAACCCUGAAUCAGGCACAUGUUGUCAGAGAGGCAGCUCCCAAAAUGGACGAAAAUCCAAUGUCUAAGGAGACAAUGAUGACCAUUGAGGCUUGGAAACAAUCUGAUUUCCUGUGCAGAGACUACUUAAUAGGCUUAUGA